AUGUGGAAAUAUUUCCUUUUAGUUUGCUGCUCAGCUUUACGAUUGUUCAUAAUACCUCAUUCUCAUUGUGAUCCUGGCUGGCUAGAGCCAGUGGACUGAUACUAUGAAAACAAAGUAAGAAAUAUUUUCAACAAUUUAAUAGAAUUGCUUCAAGAAAACAAUCAAAGGAAAUUCGCAUGAUCUGAAAUUUCAUUUUUAAAGAUGUGAAUGGAUGAACAAAAUAUUUUGAAGAAAAAUGCUUUAAGAUCGCUCAUACAGUCUGGUAGAAUAGAAAUUGUUGGAGGCGGGUUUGUGCAGAAUGAUGAAGCGAAUACUGAUUUUGAUAUGAUCAUAAGGCAUAUACAUUAAAAUGGCGUAAACCAACCCAGCAUUUUAAGCCUGUAGCUGAUAUACAUUAAAUGGCGUGGUGAGCCAACCCACCUCUUAGAAUCUGUAGCUGGGAAACCCAGGGAUCUUGUAGAAGGGAGGAUGGCGUUUUGUGAUGUAUAGUAGGCCUGGUUUUACUUGGUUUAGUGGAGAUCAACGCCGAAUUAGGCUGGCGCAGCUUAUUCCAGGCCAAGGUUUUAUCUCUGGGAAAGAUGGAAGCUUGAUGUUGGAAAGGGAAAGCCCAGCAGAGUUCUGGGAGCCGAUCAGGCAUUUCCUAGCACGAUACUGGGAGUUGAGCCAUGAGCAACGAGUUCUAUCUUUGUUAACACCUCUAUUCGAAUUUUCUGGAAGGGCAACCCAAGUCAGGCGUAGACGCGUUGAGCCAUCCCACUACACUCCAAUUAGUGUGCGAGCCUAUUUCUGGAGUAACAUAGACGUAGACAGCCGUAAAACAAGGUAGAAAUAAAUACCCAUUCAGGGUAUCACAGGGGAGAUUUUUUAUAAUCUAACUAAAAAACUAACUCCCCCCCCCAUCCUUGAUCGAACGAUUGACUGUAAAAAUUCCUAAAAAUUGGGGAUUAACCCCCAUCCUUGAUCGAACGAUUUUCAUAUCAUGCAAAUUUUUAUAUAUAUAAAAAUAUAUUAUUUAUCAAAAGCUUGGGAAGAUGUACAUAAUGAAGUUAUUUUCAGAGCUUUGAGAUGGCAGAAAGCUGUGGAAUCAACCAUCCGAAGUGAUUUAGCCAUCAACCUAGGCUUAAAAACUCAAUAAUCUAAUAAAAUAGAGAUUCUUUAAAAUUUUAAAAAAAAAAAUUUAAUUUAAUAAGGAACAAAUUAAAAUUUAUACAGUUUAAAAGGGUAACUAAUAAAUCAAAAUAUUAAAAAUUGGUAUUUUAUGAAAUUAAUUCAAUUUUUAGCUGUAAAAAUAAUUAUUAAAUACUCUUAACCCUCUUAUUUAAAAGUAAAUAAAACAAAAUAUAUAUAUAUUUUUUAUUUUAUAUAUAAAAUUUUUUUAACCCCCAUCCUUGAUCGAACGAUGACGAGUCGUUCGAUCAAGGAUGGGGGGGGGAGUAAGAAUUCCUGUAGCUGACAUCCCACAUGGUAGUCGGGACCUUUAGAAAAGGGGGUGGCGUAUCCGGCCAGAUUUUUUUUGCUUUAUGAAGCGCAAUGUUGGAUUAGUGGACCGCAUGCUUUGCUCCUUACCAAGUUUUUGCCUCAAGGGGAAAUGGAGCAAGAAUUGAAAGGGAUCUCCAGUAUGGCAGUGGCAAAUAUCUUGGAAAAUCGAGGCUGCUACUUAGCGUAAAAGGAGUUACAGCUGGGAGCUUCGAUUUUCCAUUUUGGUAGAGAGUUGACCAGAAAAUUCUAGGUUUUGAAUAUUCAAUGUUAUGCAAUCUUUGUCGACGCUCAACACAAUUCAUCCAACUACUGGGCAACAAGUGCGACCCUUAUCCGGUAGGAGCAGCCUUUGUAAGGUCGAAUACGAACUGGAGAGCAGGUGAAGGCAACCCUUUGGAAAUUAAAAUGAACUUCUAAUACUUCCUCCUGUGAGUGAACAAAAAAAUUUGUUCGUUUGCGGAGGGAGUUAAUUUUUUAAAAAAAUUAUAUAUAAAUUUUAUAGUAAUUUUUUUUCAAAAUUUAAAAAAUUCGAAAUUUAUAUUUUAAAAUGAAGCUGUUUAAAAUUAAGCAGAAUUAGUGUGAGAUACUUCAUUAUUCUAAUUAUCAUUUAUAUAUUAUUAUUUUUUUAUAUUAAAAAAAAUUUUUGUAUGCUCAAGGAGAGUGGGCUUUACCCCAAAAAUAGGAAUUUUUCCAAUGGUUUUGCUCGCUCAUGAAGGGGGGAGUAAGUAAUAUGGCGAUAGCAAUAUGAUCAUAAGGCAGUUUGAUAGUGGAAGAGACUAUUUAUAUCAAGAGUUUGGGAUAGAAAAUGUGAAAGUGGGAUGGCAAAUUGACCCGUUUGGGCAUUCAGCGCUUACACCUUCUUUGUGAGCAAAAUUAGGGUUCGAGUAUCUUGUAAUUAAUAGGAUCAGCAAACCUUUGAAAGUAGAUUAUAUAUAGAAAAUAUGAAGAAGGAAAAAUAACUUAGAAUUCUUAUGGGAAGGGUCUGAUCUUGGGUCAAAUAAUACAAUUUUUACGCAUAUUUUGUAUGAUCAUUAUGAUUUCCCUGAUAUUUUGCAUCCUUUAAAAAAAGAAUUAUGCUUGAGCACAAUUGAUAUAGCAAAUGUGUCAGAGUGGUAAUUUUAACUUAGUGCUAGCAAGCUUUACAAUCUUGUAUGCUAAAUUAUAUUAAUGAUUUAAAGUAAUUUGAUAAUAUAAUUUCUCUAUUGGGUCACAUAUAAGUAGCAUGCAUUCAAUUAGGCUAUAUAUAAAUAAACAAAAACAUGCAUACAGCACAGAAAAUAUUAUGAUGCUAUAUGGUGACGAUUUUUAUUAUCACGAUCUCGCUGAGUCAAAACUUUUAUAUCAAAGAAUAGAGCUCCUAAGAGACUAUAUCAACCAUUACUAUUGAAAUUUCACCAUAAAAAUUGCUACACCAUCCGAAUACUUUGAAGCUGUUAAAGCAGAAAGCCCAGAAUUGCCUUAUUUUACAUCUGAUUUUUUCCCAUACAUGAACUACUUCAAUAUGAAAAAUAACUACUGGACUGGAUACUAUACCACAAGACCUCGUCUAAAAAAUGAGGUCUAUUUUGGACACAGACUUGCAAGAGCUGCUGAAAUCGCUAUGGCUUUUACUUCAAAAUCAAGUCUUAAUUCUCCUCAAGCAAGUAUUUCCCUUCAUCAUGAUGCAAUUACAGGAACUUGUAGAGACCAUGUAGCUGCUGACUAUAUGUACAGGCUGAAAAAAGAUAUAGUAAAUUCUAUCCAUGCAAUCGAAUUUGUGCUAAAAAAUGUUUUGACUGAAGCUAAAAAUGAAUUCGCUUUAGCAGUUUCUUAUAGAGUUUUGAUUGCUUAUAAUCCUUUAAAUUGAGAAAAAGAUGAAUUAUUUUCAAUUAAAGCUGAAACAAAUGAUAUUGAAAUUAUAAAUUGAAAAGGAAAAGUCGUAAAAUCUCAAGCUGUAAAAAAUGUGAUAGAUGGGGGAUAUAUUAUUUAUUUUAAAGCAAAAUUGCCUUCUCUUUCAUUUUUUACUAUUUUUGUGAGAUAUUGUUUUGCUUGCACUGAUUUAUCAGCUGAAUACGAAGGAUAUAGUUUGGCUGAUAAAAUAUAUAAAUUGCAUUUUGAUCAAAACGGGAUGCUGGAUUUUAUAUUUACUCCCCCCGAUCCUUGAUCGAACGACUCGCCAUCGUUCGAUCGAGGUUAAAAAACAUUUUUUUUGGGAAAAAAAAAUUUAUAUAUAAAAUAAAAAAUAUAAUUAUUUUUACAGCAAAAAAUUGAAUUAAUUUCAUAAAAUACCAAUUUUUAAUAUUUUGAUUUAUUAGUUACCCUUUUAAACUGUAUAAAUUUUAAUUUGUUCCUUAUUAAAUUAAUUUUUUUUUUAAAUUUUAAAGAAUCUCUCUAUUUUUUAGAUUAUUAGUUUUUUAAGCCUAGGUUGAUGGCUAAAUCUCUUCGAAUGGUUGAUUCCGCAGCUUUCUGUCGUCUCAAAGCUCUGAAAACAACUUCAUUAGGUAUAUCUUCCCAAGCUUUUGAUAACUAAUAUAUUUUUUAUAUGUUAAAAAUUUGCAUGAUAUGAAAAUCGUUCGAUCAAGGAUGGGGGAGUUAGCAAAAAACUUGAAAUUAUCCCAAAAACCAAUAAUUCACAUCAGAAAAUAAAAAAUAAAAUGCACGAAUUCCGCCUUAGACAGCAAAUUUUUGCAUAUAAAGGAGAAAGCAGUGGAGCUUAUAUUUUUCAUCCUACUGUAAUUUUAAUCUAGGGAUAUGCUGAAAACUUAGAGCUUAGCCUUGAACAAAUUAUGAUUUCAAGUGGCAAAGUUGUACAAACUGCACAAAUUAUUUGGUACCGCAAAGAUGAUAAAUCAAAAUAUUUUUACCAGAAAUUUAUAUUAUAUGACUCAGAAAAGUUUAUAUGAAAAAUAGGUGUAAGUGCUGUACAAAAUGAAGAAAUAACGGUUAGAUUUGAAAGUCAAGAUGAAAACGUGAUUGAUAUUUUUACAUUUAAUUCAGCAGAUUUAAGGCAAAGAGAGCUUUAACAUUAACAUUACUUAGAGGUUCUAACGUGUUUCUCUGGCUCCGCAGGGUGAUUUAACAAAGCCACAAGGGCUCACCCCAGUAAACACCAAAUAGUGACGUCACCGGGCAUUUCCAACGUCACCCUUUUAUCGGGCCGACGGACCAUCCUAAGCAAGUGACGGCCAAUUGGCUGCCAGAUCUCACGGGCUGCGCUGUCUUGCUCAAAACUUAGCUCCUGCGCGUUGUGCCGCCUAUAGGUCUCCCUCCCCAGGAGUGCCAAGCAGUAAACCUAUGCCCACCAAACAUCCGCUGCUUACCUGAUAUUGCUGGAUAAGGUCUCACGGGAAAGCUGAAUCUUAUAAUAAAAAAUUAAGGCAAAGAGAGCACAUAGAAGAAAUUUAUGCGUCUAGAGUAGGAAAAAAUAUGUAUCCAGUUCCUGCAGGGGCAGUUGCAAAAUCUAAAAAUUCUUAUUUAAAGUUUUACCCGAAAUUUCCAUUAGGAAUCGGCGUGGUCUCUCCUAAGAGUUUUGAGUUCUUAUUACAAAGAAAUCUCUCAAAUGAUGACUUAUGCGGAUUAGGAGUUGGAGUUACAGAUAUCACAAUAGCUGAGCAUACAAUGCACGUAGAGCUUGGCAAUUUAAUCCAUGAAGAAUUUUGGAGAAAUUAUUUAAAUGCAAAAACUGAGUCUUAUUUAUUUCCAUUAAAAGAUGCAGGAAAAUAUGCAUUAAGUCUUGAAGAUUGAGAAGAAGCAGAAGUUUUAAAUGAGCCUUGGAAAAAGAAAACUGAAUUUUAUAUGGGAUUUGAGGAUAAUAGGGUUUAUCUGUCAAGUGCUGUAAUAAAGGAUUCAGAAAUUUUUAUGAGAGUAUUGAAUUUUAAUUCGGUUGGGAUUGGAUUUGAUGUGAUUGGAGGAAAAGUUUCAAAUAAAACGAAUCUAGCAGGAUAUCAAGCUUUAAAUGAAACGCAUAAUUGGAAAAAUUCUGGUGAAAUGUUUGAUGAAUUUAAAAACAUCAGUCAGCCUGCAAUAAAGAUGCAAACUAAGCAGAUUAUGACGCUUGACAGUGGGCAAGCUUUAAAACCAAUGGAGCUAGCAGCGUUUUAUAUUGAUAUCAAUAAAUUCCCAUAUGAAAGAAAAAUUCAUGAAAAAUCGAAUAAAGAGUUUUCGGCAAGACCAAAUGAUAUAACAAAGCCUUAUAGAGAGCUUCUUGAGCAUGAAAUAGUAUAUAUUGAAACCUCUAAUAAACCUCAAUACAAUAUACUCCACCUAUCCUUUAUAUUUCUUAUCUUUUUUGCCCCUGCAUACACUGUCUUAUUCUAUCAUUUCAAAACAGCUCUCUCCAAAAGAAAAAUUAAUCUUUACACAAUUUAA